CAGCAGCCUCCUCUCCCCACUGCUUCUUUGGCAGAUGUUGUCCUUUCAGGUAAGCUUCACUUGCAGAUGUUAUAUUAAAGGAAGGAAAUGCAGACACUCCUCACUCUUCUUAUGUUUUUCAUCACUCCUCUAAACCACUUACUCAUUCUCAAUGUUGAGCUCAAUUAAAUCACAUGAAGAAGAAGGUGACGAAGAAUCCCACCGGCGUAACCGCCGGCACCACGAUUCCCCCUCCCCCGUCUACCUCCUCCUCCGCUGCGCCGAACUCAUCCACCAUGCAGACCACCCGGCCGCUCGCCGCGCCAUCUCCCUCCUCUCCGCUGCCACCACCACCCCCUACGGAGACUCCACCGACCGCAUCACCCAUCAAUUCACACUCGCUCUCUCCCUCCUCCUAAACCCUCUCACCCACCUCCCUCCCUCUGAAUCCAACAAUUCCGCUCAAUCCUCCUACCUCUCUCUUUACCAAAUCACUCCUUUUCUCCGCUUUGCUCAUCUCACCGCAAACCAAGCCAUCCUUGACGCCGUCGAUGGCCACCACCGCAUUCACAUCCUUGACUUCGACACCUCUCACGGCCUCCAAUGGCCUCCCUUCCUUCAAGCCAUAGCCGACCGCUCCGACCCCGCCAAUCCCCCCUCCAUCCGCAUCACUGGAACCGGAUCCGACCCCUCAACCCUGACUUCAUUAUCCAGCAGAAGGAUAUAA